AUGAUUCAUCGCUUACUGACGGCGGUUGUCACGUUUGUGCAGUCAUUUUUCCUACCCGAGCAUCAGCUUCUGUCGAGCCAGAAGUGGGUUUUGGGACUAGUGAAUUUGGCUACUGUGGUGAUCUUCUGGGUUCUGUCGUCGUUCCUAAUCAACGACCUCUUUGAGACAAAUGUCUACCGCAAACCGUUUUUCAUCACAUGGAUUAACACUUCUUGCUUUGUGUUUUAUUUCAUUCCAUACUUGCGCUACAAAAAUCUUUCCGUGGUUGGUUUUAUAGACCUCCUUAAGCAGGAUUACGAGAAGUGCAAUUAUCAGCGUAUAGUGGACGUGGAGUCGGUGCCUGUUUCUGCCAAUGAGUACGGAGCAUCUCAGGAUAAUUUGGUGGAUUCGGAGCCAGAGACCCAGUUGGAAAUGGACACAAAAGAUUCAGAUGAGGAAGUUCCCGUAUACGAGACCGUGAAGUUAUCACUUCAAUUCGUUAUGCUCUGGUUCUGUGCCAACUUGGUCACGAACUCAUCGCUCUCGUACACUUCUGUUGCAUCGCAGACGAUUUUGUCGUCCACUUCGUCGUUCUUCACUCUUUUGGUGGGGUACUUGUAUCACAUUGAGAAGAUCAACACCAAUAAGAUCGUGGGCAUCAUGCUUUCGUUUGGGGGUGUGCUUAUAGUAACCAGAAUCGACUCUUCGGACUCAUCACACCUUCCUGAGGGAUCCACGCCACUCCUAGUUCUCUGGGGCAACUUGCUAGCACUUUCUGGUGCGUUGAUCUAUGGUAUUUACACCAUUCUUUUGAAGCAUAAAAUCACAAAGGAGAACUCUACAACUGAGCGUGUUUUGGACACCCAUCUCUUUUUUGGGUUUGUUGGACUCUCGUGCCUCCUUCUUCUAUGGCCGGUGAUCAUUAUUUUGCACUUCACAGGCGUAGAAGUUUUUGAGAUUCCGCUGGGAGCUCAUGUUCUUGGGCUAUUGACGAUGAAUGCGUUGAUUACAUUCAUCAGCGACUUCUGCUGGUGCAAGGCAGUGUUGCUCACCAGUCCAUUGACUGUGACGGUGGGGCUUUCGCUUACGAUUCCAUUGGCGAUGGUAGGGGAUUGGUUCAUCAAGGGUUUUCAUGUGAACUUGUGGUAUUUAUUUGGUGCGGUCAUUGUCACGUUGGGGUUCUUGGUCAUCAACAAGGAUGAGAAGGAAGAUUUUGUGAAUGAUAAUUAG